AUGCCCCAGUAUCUGGUAAAAAAUGUAGAUUCAUUUGCUUUAAGUGUAAUUACAAAUAGUUGCGAAAAUCCUAUUAGAAUAACUUUUAUUGAACCGUUUGAAACAGAAUUGAUUGAUGAAGGUGAAUUAUACCUUAUUAUUGAUUCAGAUUGUAUAAAGAACAUGGAUAUUGAUGAGGACGAGCUUGAUAAAUUACAGAGAGAUAAUUUGAAAAGAAUUAGAUUUCAUGACAUAAGGGAUCUAUAUGGAAUAGGCAAAAAAGAAUCUGAAAAAACAAGACCCAUAAUAAUUGAAUUUAUACACUAUAAACUAUUACUUGGUAUUUUAGAAAACGUGUCAAAUCUAAAAGGGACCGGCAGAUCAUUCUCAAGAGACUACACAAAAGAAGAAUACAAAAAUAGAAAAGUGUUAUACAAAUAUCUAAAAAAAGCAAGAUACAGCAACUGUGAAGCCAGAAUUAAACGAAACCAACUUUGUAUACAAAACAACACUUAUAUAGUAACAGAUCUAGAAGCAUUUACCGAAGAAGAAUUUACUGCAGAACUUGCAAAGUUUAAUAAUAAGCCCCAACCAGAAAUUCAAAACAAAAAAAGAAAAAACGAAGAGCCGCACGUCUCCGAUACUGUAACAAAAAGGAUAACUAGGCAGACUAACCAACUUACACCUACUCAAAAAUAA